AUGGUGGAGCGCGCAGACGAGGCGCCGCUGCUCUUCUGGGCCGAGGGCCCCGCCGUGUCGGCGCCGCCUCCCGCGGCCGAGGCGGGCAGCGGCGGCGGCGGCGGCGGCGGGCGACGGCUCGGCGGCGGCUGGAGCGCGGCUCCGUGGGGCGGCGCGGGGCCGGCGGAGGCGGCGGGGCCGCCGCGGGCGGAGGCGGAGGAGGACCAGAUCGUGGCUGUCUUCGUGGUCACCUUCGACCCCCGCACGGGCAACAUGGUGGAGUGGUGUUUACCCCAAGAUAUUGAUUUGGAAGGCGUGGAAUUCAAAUCCAUGGCAAGCGGGUCCCACAAAAUCCAGUCAGAUUUCAUUUAUUUCCGGAAAGGGCUCUGUUUUGGCCUGGCCUGCUUUGCCAACAUGCCUGUGGAGAGUGAGUUAGAGCGUGGUGCCCGCAUGAAGUCCGUGGGGAUUCUCUCCCCUUCCUACACCCUGCUGUAUAGGUAUAUGCACUUCCUGGAGAACCAGGUCAGACACCAGCUGGAGAUGCCAGGGCACUACUCCCAUCUAGAGGCAUUCUAUGAUGACAAGAAAGGAGUUCUCCCUGAUAGCAAGGGCACCCCCACCUCUCAGCAACCUGUCCACUGGCUGCCGUCCAUCCACAGAUACAUGUACCCAGAGAUGAAGAUCACACACCCUGCUGGCUGUAUGUCUCAGUUCAUCAAAUUCUUCGGUGAGCAGAUCCUUGUCCUCUGGAAGUUUGCCCUGCUGCGCAAGCGCAUAUUGAUAUUUUCACCGCCCCCAGUUGGAGUUGUCUGCUAUAGAGUGUAUUGCUGCUGUUGCCUUGCCAAUGUUUCUCUGCCUGGUCUUGGAGGAACUGUCCCAGAGUCCAAACCAUUCUUCUAUGUGAAUGUGGCAGACAUAGAAAUGCUGGAGACAGAAGUAUCAUAUGUGGCCUGUACAACAGAAAAGAUCUUUGAGGAGAAACGGGAUCUCUAUGACGUCUAUGUGGACAACCAGAAUGUGAAGACGCAUCAUGAGCAUCUGCAACCACUCCUGAAAAUUAACAAUGCUGAUAAGGAGAAGUACCGACGGCUCAAUGACCAGAGGCAGAUGUUAAUGUAUUCUCAAGAAGUGGGUGAGGAUUGUAGCUCCUGUGAAGAGGACCUUUUCAUCUUGUUUUUCAUGGAGCAGAACAACCGCAUAUUUCAGACGCUGAUGGAGGUGUCGGCCAGCCAGGACAAGACACUGACAGCUGACCACGCACGAGGCAUGGGCCUGGAUCCCCAAGGGGAUCGAAGUUUCCUUAUGGACCUGCUGGAAGUGUAUGGCAUUGAUGUUAUGCUAGUCAUUGACAACCCCUGCUGCACUUAAACCAAGGGCAAGAGAGAUGGGGAGCAAAGAUCACUUUGUAAAGACUACCAGACAUUGCUUAGGAGGAUCACUGGAACUCACCACAGCCACUGGACGGAUCUCAUUUUAUUUAAUAACUUUAUAUGGAGAGUAUUUAUAAUUUUAAAACAAAAUGUGAUUUUAUUUUCUCUCCCUCAACUUCCCAAUGAGUACCUGCUCCAGGUUUUGUUUGUUUGAUUGUUUGUUUUUGUCUCCCUUUCUCUUUCAUUUGUGUUUUUUUGUUUGGUUUAGUUAGGACCAGUGGCACCUUUGCACCAAUCCUCACUGUUGCCAGUGAUAGCUAGGUUUUGGCCUAGCCUGGAUACCUGAGGGCUGAAGACUUCAGGAAAGCACUUUGUCUGAUGGGACCAAUGAUGUGAAAUGCUGUAGCUGAGCUCUCAAGACUUGACUGGAAAACCCUCCUAUCAUCCCCUCUUCCACUUGGGGACUGAAGAGGGCUUCAGCACAGGCUGUUAGUGGCCCAGUCUCAUAAAACAUCUGUCCUACCAUGUUUAUUGGUAGGGACAGUUAAACCAAUGAUAAACCAGGACUCCUUUAAACACCCCUCACCCAACUUUUAGCAGCUGAGUUGGAAUAAAGCCACCCUUUGUCAUCAAUGGCAGAAGCAAGUUUCGGAUAAGGGGGUGCUACAGGAUCUUAUGACUUUGCUUACCGGAGUGGCAUGGUUUCACUUCCAGCAUUUGAGGUGGUAUAAACUGGCAAAGACUAUACCUACCUAUCUCAUAGCUGGAGAGGAGCACCAUCUUAAUCCCUCCUACCACUUCCUCUGGUUUUCAGUUGCAUCACACCUGCUGCUUUGGUUUAAAACCUUCAAACCAGCAAGAUGGUCUCCCAUUUAACGGGGACCAACAUCACUGAGCCACCUUGCAGUCACUAUGUUCUCUGGGCUGGAUUGGGUUGAAUAAGUAUGCUUUAACUAAUGUCACUAGCCCUUCCUUUGUAGCAGAUGGUACUUGUCACUCCUUUGCUUUAAUAUUGUCUGCUGCUCCUUCUUUUGUCGAGCAGCCUUCAGCACUGCCUGCUGCUGUUCCUGGCUUUCAGUGUGAGACAGAGAGCAGUAUAUGACCUUUCAGCUGGAACGGCUUUGCAAUUUGCAGGAGGUUCCCUUGGAGUUUGGGGUUCUUAACUGGCGCAGCUGCUAGAAGGAAUGUCUAACAGCAAGCCUUUUCUUUCCUGGGCAGAGAAGCUGUAGAACCAGAUGAACAGUGUUUCUUAUUCUUGUGCUGUGGAAAGAAUAGGAUUCAGUUCAUGCAGGACCACUGGUUACCUCCAGGAAGGCUACCCCGGUAAAGAGUAAUCCCUUCGCCGUGCGAAAUCCAAGAAUGGUACUGUGGGUUCUAGGUGUGACAUACGCUUUGCCCAAAAUCCUUCAGCUGGUAGUAGCAUCAGCUUUAAGCUAACUGUUCUUCCUGAACCGUGGCUAUAGCUAAUAAGCUGCUGCUUCUACUGUAAUAGACUUCAGCACCCUUGGCGCCUUUCUGCGGUUUGUAGAAAUGCAAACUGUAGCUGAUGUGUCCACUUAUCCUAGUAUUUUGUAGGAUGAGACAGAGCCUGAACCACCAAAGUCUCACCUGCUAAUCCUUUUUAAAACAGGUGAAGCAAAUGUUCUCCAAGUAGACCCUCUGUGGAUUUUCUCUCCCUCUGGAAGGAAGGAGGCUGGCAUGUCCUGUUUUUCCUUGAAGGCUAUCUGCAGCAAAGGGGUCAUUUUGCUUGCUGUGGAUUCAGAGAUUUUAGUGAGGUGUGGGAUCAGGGGCCUCACAAGGCUUAUUGCACAGUUCAUUGGUAUGAGCUUCAGCAUAUUAUGUUCCUGUGAUCUGCCUGUCUCUGAGCAGUUGUUCCCGUCUGCUUUUUCAGGGCUGUGGAUGUUUUUGUACAGGAGAAAACAUGCUGCUGCUUGUAUUGCCAGUUGCUCACAACUAUAAUAUAAUCAUCCUUAGAAAGUUGGGGGAAAAAAUGGAGAAAGGAGAAAACAGACCUGAAUAUCAUUUAAUGGAAAGAAAAGGCUUUCCUUGAGAAAAGGCUUUGUUUUUAAAUUGACACCUCUAGUAUAAAACUAAGUGACCCACAAUCUUCAUGCUUUUUUCUAACUUCCACUUUGGUUUUAAUAUGCUGUCCACAGUGAAGAUCCCUGAGGAAGCAUAGCUGGCACUGUAUUGCUGUCACUUACUUAACUUCCUUCACAUAUAAAAAAAGGAACUGAAACUAGUCUCUAGCAAUUCUUCCUCUCACUUUUGUGAACAUUUGCUACAUAGUUUAGCUGUGGUCAGCUGUUAAUGGCUUUCUGUUCUCGCUGAUGUCAGUAGUUCUUUUGCUGAACUAAAUAGAAACAAACGUUUAAUUUGUCAUUGAAAUUUUACAGCCUUGGCAGUCAGAGGCUUUCUAAUAACCUGCGUUAGAGCGCUAUGUUCACAAGCUGUCAGAACAUCAGGUCUACUAGACGGCACUGCUAGAGCCCACUGAGCAGAACCUCCUGAAAUUAUUUGCCAAUUAUUAAACCUCUGCUUUCCAGAAACUAGGGCUUCACUUGCUAGCAGCAGUGUGGGUGCAGAAGCAUGAAAGCAAGCAGAUUACUGUAAAAGUAGCAUCCAUGCUACAUCCCAGCUGGAUGGCUACAGCCUGUUUUGCUCUUGCUUGUCAUUUUGCUUCUCUACAGCCUCUCUUGGCAGGUGACUGCUACAAAAGACAGAAAACAGAACAAAAAGACUUCUCUAUCCUAACCCUUCCUUGUUUGAUUUGCUGCAAAAGAACUUUCCACCGGCACUCCCCUUUUCUAAUAGACAUUGCUUUUAUUUUUGUCACAUGUGGAAAAUCCUUGAUAAAUGGGUACAUAAUAUAAACAAAUGGCUACAGCUUGGGCCAUGAGGGCUUGUUCAGUAGGCUGUUUUUGUUUGGAACCAACUUCACUGAAUCUUAUCUUUCUGGGAGAUAACAUAAUUCAAGGUAAAACAGUUAAGUGCAUACAUUUAAAAUCCCCUCCUUGGUGUGUGAUAGUUGCUUUUUUGAAUACUAGCAGCUGGAAGGGAGACAGUUAGUUACUUGGUGUAUUUUGAAUUAAAAGAGGGAGGAAAGCAUGGCAUAAGGUAGGAUAUUGCUGAUUACUGCAAAAAUCCUCUUGUCCAUUUGAAGUACUUUGCCUUUACAGUGGUGCCUUUAAUUUCUUUGGUGUGGUAUCUUCGUCGGUUGCUUGUGAUCAGAGCCCAGGUUGAAUGGUGGUUACAGUAACCACGUGUAUGUCUUGUGCCCUGGUAGACACAGUCUGGUAUGUUCCUCUCUAACACCCAGGUCAUAGCACAGCCAUUGCAGGUUCUCAGUUGGUAUUUGCUUGAGUUUAAACAGGAAAGCAAGAGCUUCAUAGUUGCAUCUUAAGUUGCACUACAAAUGUAUACUCAAGUAAUGUAUUAUUGCUACUUGUACUAUCUGGAUUGGAGGGUAAAGCUUGGGAGAGAAAUAAAAGCUAGGUUUUCAAUCCAAACAAGGGAUACCAUGCCAGACAUUUAAAUCAUGCAGAAGUCUUCUCACUGCAAGGCUAGGCCAAGCUGCAUAGAGCCAAGUACAACUAAGAACUAUAAUGGAUACUAGGAGAAAGGCAUUUUAGUGAAUUAGAGUUCAGAUUUGUCUUAGAGACAUGCUAAUACCUUCUUUUCUAGCCUAUAUGAAGUAGUUACUCCAAUGUAUGUUAGAGCUAAUGGUCAUGUCUGUCACAGGAGAUGAGCUCGCCUAUCCAGCAUCCUUAAGGGCAGAAGAAAGUUCCAUCACCUUUUCAAGGGAAAGUAGCUUACUGUACAGCUUAUUCUGUAAAGCAGUGCUACUGUAAUACUUCUUCCAUUUGAAGAACUGCCAAAGUUAAUGGGCAAAAAGCUAGGAGUAGCUGUGGUCCUCCUGGUGAUAGGCUAUGCAGGGGACAGGCAUGCUUUGCUCUGGGAGGGGGAAGGGCUAGAGCACUCUGUCCUAAUGCAAAAGCCUAGGUACAAAGCAUGCAUACUAACCCAAAUUCUGUCAUCAUAGCUAUUACUUCUAAGUUAGUUGCUGUCUCCUUUCCACUCCCCCCAAAGCUAGUGGUCUAGUGAUUAUGGGAGAAGACAACACAUACGUCUUUUGCGAGGGACUGGAAUGUACUGACUUAACAGAAUGAUACAUCUGUCUUAAACAGAGGGUACUAAAUGCCUGUGAACCAGGAUUUCAAGUCCUGGUUAAUGCAACAUGCCAUUCGAAUGGAAAAGUUUAAUCGUGGUUAAAAUAAACAGGUGCCUUGGGCUGGUCCAUCAUUAGACUGUUAUACUUCCUUUUUAUUUUAAGCCCUUCUAGAAUGGACUGUAAGUUGAAGCCAGGAUAAGUGUUUUCAUGCGUGGGACCUAGGAGUCCCUGCUUCCUCUCUUGGAGUUUAUACAAAGAAAGUUGUUUGUCUUGCUGCCAGACAGAAACAUGAGAAGUGAGUCCUUUCCUCAACACUGUAGAUAGCAGGUUCAGCCCCUGCUUAUUUUAUGUAAUGUUUUCCUCACACCUCCCCUCUGAAUGUUGCAAUUCAGAGGUCUAGUACCACCCCAUACUGGAAGACCUCUGAACUGUAGAGGAAGGGGAAAAAUGACUUGAAUGGUAUACAUACAAGCCACUCAAUGAAUAUUUAAAUAUCAGCCUGUAUCUCAGAUGAUCCUUGGUACUUUAACAUCAGAACAGCAUUAAUACCAAUUCUGAAGGGAGCUCUUUCUUGGUUACCCUCAAGCAAGGAAUCACAUCGCAGUGGGAGCCGUGCAUCUGAUACUAUGGAAGAUUAUUAGUUGUUUUCCCUGUAAAAUGGUACAGAUGAACCAGAAGCUAGUUCUUAUCAUCUCGCCCCUUCCAGCAGGCUGGUUGUAGUUCUAACAGCUCCAAUGUUGUUUGCAUCUUGCAGAUGUGUGGUUGCUCCCAUAGGCCUGUGGCUGUGUAGAAAAACUGCUUACUAAAACAUGGGUAUUUUUUAAUACAAUUAAAGCUUACCUUUUUGAAAUGGCUGCUGCCUUGUCUUUCCUGCCACUUGAGAAAAAAAACAUUGCUGAUUUUAUUACAGAAGCAUCAGCUUGAGGAAAAACUCAGUUGGUGAGAACUGCCCCUGACUCCGAAUGAGCCAGUGGCUGCAGAGGAACGUUCCAGGUGUCUCUGUGGCAAGCAAAAAGAGCAGAGCAC